AUGUAUGCAUUUCCUAUUAAGUGCACAGAAGUAAUUCUUGGUGAUGAUAAGGAGACUGUUCUUGAAAUUCAGGCUGAAUAUGAUCUUGGAAGAACCAUUGGUGAGGGAACGCUUGCAAAAGUUGAGGUUGCACAGUUCCUAGAAUAUAUGAUCUUUGAAGAACCAUUGGUGAGGGUGAGGGAACGCUUGCAAAAGUUAAGAACCGGGUUGAGUUUUGUACUCGAACAUGAAGGGGAAAAUGGUCGUGGGAGAAGGGAACUUGGAGGCAAAAUUGUAGAGGGGUUCCGCAUACGUAUAUUUUUAAAGGGUUGGCCCAGGAGAACUUCUGUGCUUCAUGUUUUGUGGGUUAUUAGCGCUUGCGAACGAGGUCGAGAGUUACAUGGGUUUUCUGUCUUGAUUGCUGACCAGCAGCAACAGGGUGUUCUUGAUCUCAUGAUACAAUGUAACACUGUCUGA